CUAUUGCCGUCUCUCUCUGUCUUCCUUUCUCUCUCUUCGGCUCUCAGUUUUUCUCUUUCCCCGAUUUUCUCUUUCUAGAAUUCCAAGAUUUUCUAUUUCUCAGUCGCUGAUUAAUCUCUGGAUAGAUCGAAGCUGGCUGGAAUUCGAUGCUGUGGACGGAUCUGAGGUUGAAUUAGAUUGGUGAAUCGGGGUUUGGGUAUUGCGAUCGAGGGAAUUAGGGUUUGGGAAAUUGUAUUCGUGAUUGGGGAAAUUAGGGUUUGUUGUGAUUGGGUAUGGUGAGUCGUAGGGUUUUGGGGUGGAUCUAGGUUUCGAAUUGGUGACAGGGGAAUUGGAAGAAUUGGGGUAGAGGAAUAAGGAGGUGGGAUUGAUGGUACUCGAAGGGGAAAAUGCAAGGCUAUGCAUGGGCGGGCAGGAGGUGAGGAGAGGAAACGGGCUCGGCACAUGUGGACACUCCCUUCGCGUGCAACGGUGGUUGUGAGUGGUGAUGGUGGUGGCUCUCCUUCUUCCCCUUCUUCAUCUACGGUUAAUUACUUUUGCAAGGUUGGAGGUUUGGAUUAAUUUUGUGCUAGAUUGGCACCUGAAUGCUGAUCUUCUGGGCAUAUAUGUGUAGUGGUGGCCUGACUGACAGAGGAAUUGAGCCAAUGGACGUGAUUUCUAUGUUGGCUUGUCUGACAUUAAAUAGUGAAUUUUAUACAGAGUCGUCAUCUUAAGCUCCAUCUAUCCUGCUUUUGGUGCUGUGUUAAUGAAAAAUAUAUGGACCAAGUCUGUUGGCGGGAUUAGUCUGGUUGAUGCAUUGUUCUUAGUGUGGGAAACUGUUAUUUACAUUAUCAUAAAUUCUGUUAGGAAAUUUGACCAAAAUUUUCUCAAGGCUUGUGAUGGAACUUCUUUUGUUUAAAGUGGUUGUAGGAUUCCCAUCUCUCUCUUCUCCUCUUCUGGAAAUUAGUUGAGUGAUGAAAUGUCAGUUACUUUGUAUUUGAUAUGCCUGAAGCUUGAAGCUGGAUUGGUAGAAUUAUCUUGUUAGUAGAUUUUACCAUGAGGGACUGGUACUUGUUAAUUUCUUUGGAAAGUUAUUGAUUUCCUUUUUUGCAAUCAGUAAAGAAAACAUCAGUCAAGAGUUAUUUGGAGGAAGUGCCAUGUUAAAGAAGAUCUGUGGCCUUUUGCAGGAGUAAGAUGUGCUUUCAUUGACAACGAAAGAAGAGCACUGACUUUUUCUGUUCAUUUCUUUGGAAAGUCAUUUGUAAUUAAGUUAUCAGCCUGGUGUUAUUUCCAACUAGAGCUAGUUUUCUAUUUCUACAACGUGAGACAUUAGUUAAUGUGAGUGCAGUUUGCAAGGUGUGUUUGCUGUAAUAGAGGGCUAUGUAAUUG